CGAAAGGGCAGGGAGACGGAGCCGCACAUGCGCAGUUGCAUCUCCCAAAGCAGCUGGUGGUUUCUCCAGCUGCCCGGGCGGAGUGGCGCGCAUGCGCUUUCCAAGCAGGGGGGUGUCGUCGCCGUCUCCCGCUUUGCUGCUGUUGCCGCCUCUGCUGUCAGUUCCGGCUGCUGAGUGAGGAAGAGGAUCCGGCCUCGGAGCUACUUCCGCCGCCGCCUGUGGAGACUCAGCCCUCUCCCCACACUAGGAGCACCCGCUCCUUUCCCCUCCGCCGGCCAUGGCCCGGGACUACGAUCACCUCUUCAAGCUCCUCAUCAUCGGCGACAGCGGUGUUGGCAAGAGCAGCUUGCUGUUACGCUUCGCAGACAACACUUUCUCAGGCAGCUACAUUACUACAAUUGGGGUAGACUUCAAAAUCCGAACAGUCGAGAUAAAUGGAGAAAAGGUGAAGCUACAAAUCUGGGAUACUGCUGGACAGGAGCGCUUCCGGACCAUCACAUCAACGUACUACAGAGGAACACACGGAGUUAUUGUGGUUUACGACGUCACAAGUGCCGAAUCGUUUGUGAAUGUGAAGCGGUGGUUGCACGAAAUAAACCAGAACUGCGACGACGUUUGCCGGAUAUUGGUUGGCAAUAAGAAUGAUGAUCCAGAGAGGAAAGUGGUGGAGACGGAAGAUGCCUAUAAAUUUGCCGGGCAGAUGGGGAUCCAGCUGUUUGAGACAAGCGCCAAAGAGAACAUCAACGUGGAAGAGAUGUUCAACUGCAUCACAGAGCUGGUUCUGCGAGCAAAGAAAGACAACCUGGCAAAGCAGCAGCAGCAGCAACAGAACGACGUGGUGAAGCUAACGAAGAACAGUAAACGGAAGAAGCGGUGCUGCUAAUGCCCUUUCUCCUUGCGGCAGAGACUGCCCACUCAGACAGCUCAGCCCUUCCAGCCAGACUCGGGCGAUUCCGCUGGGCUGGGCCUUGGGAGGAUUUGUUUAUUUUUUUCUCAGUUUGUGCCGUUAUUUAAAAUGAAUUCUCUCCACGUCUUCAAUCAGGAGGCACCUUACCACAGCAGUGCCAAGAAGGUGUCGGACGGAGGUGAUUCCUCCCCCUCGCUCCUCCUUGCUUUUUCAAGAGCAUCUUGUAGACAAAAAUGACUUUGCCUACCAAGUGGACUUUUGAUUCUAAAGGUUUGUACAUAAUGUAUAUUUGCUUUAACCACCUGUGUCUGCCCCUCACGUCACUUUGGCUUCUGCCUUCUUAAUAUCAACCGAUCAUGGGUUGCCCAGAGUUCUUUUUUUUCUGCUUCCUUUUCCAAAGAAACACGAGUGAUGCCCUUACACAGAGUUGGCAUCCGCUGCUCUCUGAGCCUCUGCUGGCUGCCAGGCUAGGAAUUGACAUCCUUGGGGCUUUUGGCUUCACUCACUGUCGAGCUCCGGGUUGUGCUGGGAGCUUUCCGAGAUUCUUUUCCUAUCAUUCCAGAAUCGUAGAUACUGCUGGAGUUGACUCGGCAGUCCUUGAAAUCGCUGCAUUCUUGCCUCUCAGUGGUGUGGUAGGGGGUAAUGAAAAAUGCCCCCAGGCCAUUUGCUAAAAUAAAACCUUCAGGGAUGAGACAUGUGGUUUCAAACAACUUUUUCCUGAUGAUAUUAAUCUCCUGUAGCAUCAUUAAGAGCUACAGAAUUGUCAUUUGGCCAAAAAUCCCUUCCUGCCCGCUUUUCUCCCCCCCAGCCAUCGUUCAGUAUCCAGCUAGAAGGGUUGAAUUCAGAAGUGCUUUUCUGAGGGACAAAGUCUUUUGGAGUGUGUAUGUGAUACGUAUAAGUGCUGAAAAGUAUAGGAGGAGGCUCACGCUCUUCCAAACGGUGCUGGCAGCCAGCAGCUGUUGCCAGGCUAUUUCCAGCGUCGUCCUCGCUAGAGCGGAUGCUGUCUUCUGGACAUCGAAAAGAUGAGAGGACAUUUGCUUGGCUUGUGCCGUGGUGAUUGGAUCUCCUUCAACAGUGCCACUAGGCUCUUGAUAGGCUGAAGAUAAAACCAGGAUUCUUCUGGCUACCAUGUUCCUCAGUAGGGAUAUAAUGGGGGCUCACCUCCUUGGUAUUUGAAAAUGGCCUCUCCUAGCAUAUUAGGACGGUAUUGCCUGGGCUAUCAGAAACACCCGUUCAUCAAACUUAACCAGAUGUGUGUGUUUAUGUGGCCCUUGAAGAUGAUCAUGUUAUCAAGAGCCCUCCAAUGUCAGCGACUGUUAGGACUUUGAAUCAUGCAAGAAGAGCUGAAAACCUUAUUUAUUUUUUUCGCUUGCCUUUAUUAACAUGCCCUGAUUGUACAAUCGCAUCACAGGUAGUCUGACUUCGCAGACAUUUCCAUGCAAACAGUGAAUGUGAUGGGUUUCAACCAGUGAAAGUGUUUGAAAAAAAAAACCCCAACAUCCUAGCUUCUUAUCUUCCACCAUCAACUUCUCUCUGUGCAUCUCUCUCGUAAGUUGCUUUCACUAACUCAAAAAUGGGACCGUGAACUUGAACGAUCCAGUGUGGAAUUGGAUUUCUAGUGUAAGAGGCCUGUAGAAACGGCAGACAUUAUUUCGGUUUGGAUCUGACGGCCUGAAGAAAUUGUGUGUCCUCAUUGUGGGUGGGGUGCAGUGUGUGGUCUCAAGUUGCAGUGGUAUCUUGAAAACGGGGGACACAGAUUGUGGAGCUUUGUGAAUCCAGCAGUCCUGUUUCUGGCUUUUGAGGUGUGGUAUGCUUUUUCAGUGCUGCUUUUCGCCUUCUCCCUUGCUCAGCCUCUGCUCCCCGUUAAAGGAGGCUGUACAGUGUUAGGCUACUUGGUGGACGACACCCGCAAAGAGUAUUAAAAGGGGGCAACAGAAGGGGGAGCCUGUGUCCUUAGCAGUGCUGAUACUAAGUGGUGGAAUGUCUAAUGGGUUGGCUAGGAUUAUUUCUGUAUAUUGAAACUUUCUAAUUAUGCUUUUUAAAUAAUUUUAAAAACUAAAAAUAAAGGUGCCAAGCUGCCAAACCCC